CACCAUCACAGGGAAAACUUCAAACACACGAACCCGGAGAGCAAUAUUACCAACUGGAUUUGUGGAAACAAUCUUAUAUUUUGUAACACAGUUAGAUUCUUUAGACGGGUCCUGGAAAAAAAAAAUUAAUCACAACGUGUCUGGAAAAGGAUUUGAAUUAUUGACAUGGAUUUCUGGAGAAUGAAUGUAAUAAUUCACUAUUGAGUAUUUGGAAAUUUCGAACUCUGCAUGUGUCCGAUCAAUUGAGGCUUAUUGUUUGGAAUUUCGAUUUCAUCGAAUUGAAAAAAGAGAGUAUAUGCAAGGUUAGCGUGGUUCCCGUAGAACGUUCUUAACCGAGAUUAGGGAACAUGAAGUAAACAUUGCCCACGACUCGAUGAAUUGAUUGUACUGUUAAGAAACUUCAGAUAUCGUGUUGAAGAUUAGAUAAGAACGCUCUGAAGGACAAAAAAAAAAGAAAAAGUGGGAGAAAAAAAGAACUGAGUUCGUGUCGUGUUUUAUACAAAAAGCUGUGGACACAUAAUGUUCACCAACGAUGUAUCUUCGGAUGUGGAGAAAAUCCUGCAGACCCACAUUCUUGGAAUGGAGGGUGCAGGGACCAAUUCUCCGGAGUCCGUUCUCGGCCAAAUUACAGCUUUUGAGAAACUCCUACGCCAUGCGAUCUCCCGCUUUUCAAAGGAACGCUUAUAUAGUAUGUUACAAGUAGCAGCUGAAGAACAGAGGGCUGCCAACCCAAGCCUGCCUCGAGGCGCCAAGACGGCAGCGGAGGCAAAGAAGCCAUCGACAGCGCCGACACUGAAACUCAAGUCAAUGGAUCAGCUUCGCCAGUCUUUAAAACCGUUGAUGAAAAGAGAGGAAAAGAACGUUAAACUAAGCGACAAAGAAAGGCAGGCGUUAAAACACCUGGAUACUUUUGAGAAUGACUACAAAUAUCUUGGCAACUUGAAACGCCACUUCGACGAUAACAUUCACUCCGUGCUGCUCAAGGAUUACUUUGAUCCUGCCGACCGACCUAGACGUUCAGCCUUAAAGGACCGCGCAACAGACAGCAAUGAUAAAAAAGUAACCCCGCCAUCCAAAAAUAUCAAAGGAAAAAAUUCAAAACGAGGUUCUCAGCCAACCGAAGAGGAGACCAAAACAGCCGAGAUGCAGAAAUUGUUUGCAAUUGUUACGCAGUUGGAAGAACUUGAAAGAAAGUGGGCCGGGUUGCUGAAAGAUCGUGAGUUAAACCCAGACGAUUUUGAUCCAGAUAGCAGUCAUGAACUUAUGACCUUCAGUAAUUAUUCAGCGUUUGAACCUUUGUUGCGACUGGUUCCAGAUGCAUUUGUUAAGUGUUACAAUGCCAUAGAUAUGGCAAAAGAGUGGCUAAAUUUAGCUAAAUCAAUAUACGGGGAUAGACUUCCACUGAAAAGCAGAGUCAAAGAACAAUUGCCAAAAUCUCGCGAAAAUACAUUAUCGAAAUCUCGUGAGCCCAGCAUAGUCUCCCAAUCUCGCGAGAGCACCGUUUCUCCAAAAGAACAACCACCUAAAACCCCAGAAGCGCCCAAAAAGCAACCAUCUCCUGAUCCUGAAGAAAGGAUGAAGGUAGCAAACGAGUACGCACAGCAAGCGAAGGAAAUCAAACAAAAUAUACGAGAUAUAGGUGAAGUCAUUCAUGAAAACGAAAUCAAGUUGGAGACUUUGAAUGAAGAAAUGCAGUCUUUAGAAUCACGGGAAGGUCGUAUCGACGAACUCACCAACAAUUUCGAGCAAGUAGAUUCAAAACUUCUUCACGCUCAAAAAGAAUACAACACGUUUCUCUACGAACGUCAACGAACGAUGGAGAACUUGAACAAUGUCAGAAGAGGGUCCGAGGAACAUGGCGAAUUGGUGCAUAAAGCGAAUGAGUUCAACGCCGAGUUAACAAAACGCCAGUCCGCCUUGAAAAUUCUUGAAUACAAGAAGAACGUUGUCCAGGAAGACUAUCUGCUUGAGUUGGAGCUACGGCCAAAUUUCAUUCACUUUCUUGGAGAUAUGAAGCAACAGAUAGACGAUAUCAAAACAGUAAUUAAAGGUAAACAGACAGAAAAACAGGAACUCGAGAAGCAACUGGCCUUACUGAAAACAAACACUGAAAAAAUCAAACAACAAAUGCAAAGGUAUAUCGAAAGUUCAGAAGAUUCGGAAAACCUCACUCGGCAACUCUCAAGACUUACCAAAGAGAUAGAAGACGACUUGAAUAGUAUCGAAGGAAUGGAAUCGGAGAGGAGUUUUGUGUCCGAAUCCGACGAUGUGGAUUUGUCUGAGUACAUCACGGGUUUCAAGCCAAACACACCAUCAGUGAAGGGAAACAACUCCUCCAACACAAAACGUGAUCAAGUGACAUAUCAUAUACAAUCCAGAACGAAGCAGUCAGUAAAAACAUAACAAGUCUCAAAUUAGAGAUGCUCACCAUCAAAGUUGGUCAAAGAUUUAAUGACUAAUUUAAAAAAGAAAAUUUAAUUAUAUACCGGUAGUAAUUG